AUGGACAGAGAACACUAUAAAGAAAUGUCCCUAUCUCAACUCCAGGAUAAUCAAUUCUAUAAGAAACUAGAGCAAAAUCAGGAUCGGCAAUCUAUGCUUAAAAUAACAAACCUCACAAAGAAGUUUCAAAGUAACCUCACGAAAAACGAAAUUGAAUACCUUACGAACUUUGAAGUUAAAACUAGCCAUUUUUAUGGUCUUCCCAAAAUACACAAAUGUAAAGAAAUCCAGAAAAAUGUCAAGAAAUGUAAUUCUACGUACAUAAAACUUCCUAGACCAAAUGAUCUUAAACUGAGGCCCAUCAUUGCAGGACCUGCAUCUAGUACACAAAGAUUAAGCAAUCUGCUAGAUAUAAUCUUAAAACCACUGUGCACCAAAGUGACCAGUUAUGUUCGUGAUGAUAUGGAUUUCCUUAAUUAUAUUCCACAAACAGUACCAAGAGAUACACUGCUUGUUAGUUUUGAUGUUACCAGCUUAUAUACUAAUAUUACGCAUGAUUUAGGAAUUGAGGCAAUCAAAUAUUGGUUGGAUAAAUAUCCGGAAGAAAUCGACGAUAGAUUUCCCGCAAACUUCAUCUUAGAAGGACUUAGAAUUGUACUAGAGAAUAAUAAUUUUCUUUUUGAUGACGAAAAUUAUCUACAAAUCAAAGGUACUGCCAUGGGCACCAAAGUCGCCCCUACAUAUGCUUGUUUAGUUAUGGGAUUUCUAGAAGAAAAACUUUACACUAUUUUACCGGAAACCUUUGAUCUGGACUUUACGCAGUACAUUAAAGAGAAUUGGAAAAGGUACUUGGAUGAUCGCUUCAUCUUUUGGACAAGGAGUGAAGAGGAUCUUAGAAAAUUCCAUUCGGUCAUUAAUGAAUUACACGAUUCAAUUAAUUUCACAAAUGACAUGAAUCGUGAUUCACUUCCUUUUCUAGAUAUACUCAUAAUAAAAAACGGAGAAGAUAUUUCUACAGACCUAUUCCUGCCAUCCGUCACAUACAAAAAGGAACAUUCCAUACAAUAUGGCCAGACGUAUUUGUGCCAUUGUGACCGAGCCUACUCUACGCUUGAAAAGACUCCAAGAAUUAAAACAACACCUGAGGCGACAAAACUAUCCAAUAAACCUUAUUGA